AUGUUUGCGGGGCUUUUUCAGUUUUAUCGUCACAAUCGUCGAAAGAUUGUCACCACCAUGGGAACCUUGACAGCCUGCUACUUUUUAAUCCGUUACAUCCUCAAUCGCCGUCGUGAAGCAUUUGAAUACCAACAAUAUUUAAUUCGUCAGAAAAUCAAGAAAAAGUAUUUGCAAACCCAACAGGAUUGUAUUUUCACGAUCGUUGGUCUUUUGCCGACACUAUCUAAAGGAAUUUAUAGCCUUGAGCCAGUAGAAGACAUCACAAAGAAGUUGAUAAGUAAACGGAAGAAAAAAGGAGAAAACGCGACAAAUACUACUGGAAGUUUGACCACUGGAACAGAGAUCAGCGUCGGAGGUACUGUUUUUGAUACCUCUGAAUCAAAACCGGAAGCUGAAUCCCCAGAUAAUAACAGUAAAUCUACAAACGAGGUUUCAAAGCAACAUCUUUGGAAUGACCUUAAGGUGAAGGCGCUAGCAAGAUUAUUGACUUCAGUUUACAGUUAUUGUUUAUUGGUAAUCUUAGUGAGAUUGCAGCUUAACCUUCUAGCUCGUAAAGAUUACUUGGAAACCGCCAUGGAAGCAGCAAACAUCGAAGUGGAAGAUUUGGUGGGGGACAGAGGUCAUGUUGAAUAUGUGGUGGAACAAUCGUAUCUUGCACUCAGUUGGUGGUUGGUUAACCAUGGAUAUGUUACGAUCUAUAAGAAGUGUACAGAGGCAAUAAAAUUGGUAUUUAAGGAUGUCAAUGCCCGGACAGAAGUGACAUUCAACGAAUUCAGCACGUUGAUUGCAAAAACCCAAGAAUUGAUUGACAAGAGCUUCUUGGUGAACAAUGAGGAUUUUAUUGAACAAUGUAUUUUGCCUCCAGAAAACAAAGAAUUUGAAGUGGUAAGCAGGCACAGAGCAGAUAUUUUGGGUAAUGACAAUGAUGAUGUGAACAUCUCGGCGGAAGAAAUUAUUGCCCACGAAAACUUCCGGGUCUUAAUAAGAGAAACCAGAGAUUACAUUAAUACUGAUGCUCUUAACAUUGUGCUUGUAAAUAUGGUUACUAGCUCAAUUGGUAAAUUUCUUAAUAAUUGUUCAGAUAUUUUAUUUGAGGAAAAUCAGGAUGAUGAUGAUCUUAAUGCAGAGAAAAUCGAGUUACAAUUGAUUACCUAUCGGAUCAAGCUUGUGAAGAUUUUAUCGAUCAUCAUGAAAGAAAACAACAAGAUUUGUGAGGCUAGUAACACAAAUGAAUAUGUUCAAGUGAUGAGUAGCGUUCCAGAGCUAGAAGAAUAUACUGCUUCUGUUUAUUCGAAUUUUUCGAUAUGA